GCUGCGCAAGCUUUGUCGCCCUUGGAGAUCGAUGUGGGCCCGGUCGUGCGCGCCGAGCACAAGUCCGGUUACCGCCAGAAGACGACCAUGAUUCGCUUCCGCUGGCAGACGACUACAGUGAAGAAGCGCAUCAAGCACCUGCAGGACGUGGACGCGCGGACGAAGGCCCGGGUAGCCUACAACUUCUUGAUGGCCUCGGAGGACACACCCUACGCGACCUUUGUGGUCGAGCACGCAGAGUUUCUGGAAGAACACCCCGGUGCCGACGAGCUCACUCGCCGUCGCCGGCUGCAAUUCAUUGAACGUGUCGGCGUGGAGUGCGCCCUCUGGCCUGGUUUGUUUUGGGAUGUGAAGCGCACCUUCACUCACGAGCGUGCCACAGAUCCCAGGCGGGUGAUUCGGCAGGAGCGGGCAGCCACCUUGGAGGACGUGCUGAACGCCGGUCGGCCCGCUGGGCGUGUUGCCUUUCCUGCAGAAAGCGAUGAGGAGGUGGAGGGCAACGACGACAGCGAAGAGGAGAGCCAGCUGGCAGACAAGGAGGACGCAGAAGCAAAUGACGCCACGCGCCACAGCAUGAAACGGCUCUUUGCUGCCUUGGCACUGGGUCGUCUCCUGGGCUAUGCUGCAGACUUCGAGCUGCUCCAGUUCGUCUAUGACCUCAACCUCUGGAGCAGCAUCGGUUCAAAGAAGAACCUGCAGACGCCGACGCCCAUGCGCCUUAUGCUCAAGGGCGAGGCCUUCAGCCCUCACUAUUGGCGUGGAGUGCACUACGCCUUGCUAGACAUGGUGCGGCAGGUCGGCUACCCUCGCAUCUUCUUCACCAUCGCCCCCUACGAAUGGAGCUUCCCCUACCACGAGUGGGUCCGCGACGAGAUGCAGAAGAUGCUCAAGGAGCGCCUCUUCCUGCCGGUGGCGGAGACGCUGCACAUAGUGCACGUCAUGGUCCAGGCUGUGAAAGGCUUGUUGUUGGGGCGAACGGGGGGACAUGGGCACAAAGCGUGGAAGAGCAACAUCUUCCGUGUUUUUGACGAGCAGGGACAGGUCUGUCGCCUGCACUUCUUCCUGCGGCUCGAGUAUCAGGAUGGCACUCGCAAGGCAGCCACGCAGGACUACCACGGCUCCGGCCGGGUCCACGUGCAUGUCGUCAUCUUCGUGAAGCCUGAGCACGUCGAGCAGCUGGAUCUGGCGGAGACCGUGUCCGCCACUUUGCCUGAAGACGCGGACCUCCGUGGCUACGUCGAAGGAAGCCAGUACGACCAGGAAAAGAAGAGCGGCUGGCCCAUCCACGAGGCACCCACCUGCUUCGACCACGAGGCUGGCGCUUGGCGCUUGCAGCACACGGAGGACGACCACGCCGAAGGCCUGCGGCCCUACCUCGUCGACCUUAUGGAGGUGCUCCGUUGCCACCAAGACUUCCAGAUGUGCGACGACGACGGCCUACUCCGCGCCUACGUCACCAAGUACGUUAGCAAGUUCUCGGACGCGGCCAGCGAGGAGUGGCUCAACGACGACGCUGACGCCAUGAGCAUCGCCGCCACCGUCCUCAUGCGCUACCGGCCGCUGGAGCCCGAGAUGGUGCUGCAGCUCUUCGGCGCCAAGUUCCGCCAGUGGCACCUCUCCACCCAGAGCGGCGGCAAGCGCGACGUCGUGGCGCCCUAUCCAGACCAGGAGCCCAAGCUCCGCGAGGUGGAGCUGUACGAGCAGGCGGAAUGGGCUCGUGGCCGCGUCAGCUUGCUCGAUUACCUGCGCAAGACCACGGCCGAGGGGAAGAUCUGCCACUGGCUCCAGAAGAAGCACGUGCAGUCCGGCAGUGAGGCCACCCUGGAGGACUUUGCUGCGAACUACGCGAUGCAAGGCGAGAAAGUCGUGGCCGCCGAGACGGUUUCCAAGUUCAACGACCGCUACUUUGGCCAGUGGCUCACGCUUCAUGUCCCCUUCGAGAAAGCCACGGACUUCUGCGUGCCGGAGCACGUCGCCCAACGGCUUCCGGAGGCACACAAGUACUUCGCCAUGGCAAUCCUCUGCGAGCACCCGGUGGCGCAGGCCAUGUGGCAGGACGACGAGAAGAUCCGUGCGGAGCUCAAGAUGGAAGCGCACACCAAGGACCACGUGGACACCAUCCUGGCCAUGAUCCGUGCGCACCGCGGCUUGCUUCAGGAAUACCUCGAUGGCUCCCUGGAUGCCCGAAAGGACCGGCAAACCCAGGAGCAGUGCCGCGGCAAGACAAAGGCCCCCAAGAAGAAAGCAGGCCCCGUGGAUGCCAGCAAGUUCAACAGACAGCAACUCCGCUUCAAGGAGCUCGUGGACACCGCAGUGGACAGAGCGCUGGCCAUCGAGGAUGCCGAGGACGAGGGCGAGGCGGAUCGUCUGCGACAAGAGGCGCGGGGCAGCAAGGCCAACGUGUGCCUGGGGCCGCCCGGGACCGGCAAGACCACGGUGGUCUUCUCUUGCGUCGACCGUGCCCUUGCCAAGGGCGGCAAGGUGUUGAUGGCUUUGCCGACCGCCCAGUUGGCCAGCCGCAUGAAGGCACGCUACGGCCACAAGGUGGACAUCGACACUUGCCACGCUGCGUUCGGCCUGCACGAGUCUGCAGAGCACGGCGAAGCAUCCUUGCUGACCAUGUACUCCCUCAUCGUCGUGGACGAGCUCUCGCAGCUGGACAUGGUCAACUUUGAGAAGAUCUUGAAGCUCUGGGCAGCUGCGGAGCGUGUGCCAGCGCUGGCGUUGCUGGGCGACCGGUACCAGAUGCCCGGCAUGGGGGAGAAGCGGCCUUGGCACGGGCGCCUCUGGAACACGCUCUGCUACCGGGUGGCCCUCCACAAGAUGUACCGCUGCAAGGACAAGGCGCACGCCAAGCUCCUGGCAACACUCAGGACCGGCAAGCCGAACGCCAAGAAGAUGGCUUGGCGGCCCCCGGGCCGGCCGACGGUGAAGGGACUCCAGAAGCUCCUCAAAUCCAAGCCCAACACGACCAUCCUGACGUGCACCAGGCGGGGCGCUGCUGUGGUCAAUGCAACUGCUUUGAAAGCCCUCUUCCCGAAGUACCCUCCGCUUGCGACUUUGCCAGCUGACGUGGACUCCAAUCCGGAGAACUAUGUACAAGGCAAGCUGAAGCCACCUGCAGAGCUGGAGCCCUGA